AUGCCUAUAGAGCUUUCGAUCCUCACUAGUGCCAACGCAGCAGGUGUGUGGUUGACCCUAGCCAAGAAGGGUGCCACAGCCACGACCUCGCUCACAUAUCCCCAAGCACUUGAUGAAGCACUCUGUUACGGGUGGAUUGAUGGACAGACCCUCAAGGACGAUGGAGAGAAUGCGCUUACGUCCUACUCACAGCGGUUCACACCGCGUGAACCGCGGAGCAGCUGGUCGAAGCGAAAUGUCGCACAUGUAGCACAUCUUGAACGCGAGGGCCGAAUGACAGAUGCGGGACGACGCGUCAUCGAGGCUGCUAAAGCAUACGGGCGCUGGGGAUCUGCAUACGAGGGCCAAGAAAUGGCGGAGUUCCCAGAAGAGUUCCUCGUCUCUAUUGUGGCCGUACUCGCAGCAAAAACUGCCUUCGGGGCAUUAACGCGGCAGAAUCGCUUUUUAAUGUGCUAUCGCCUGAAAUCGCUGAAGACUCAAGCUGGGCGCGAGAAGAGAACAUCUGCAUUUGUUGCCAUGUUAGCGCAUGGCGAGGUGCCGUAUUCGCAGAAACAAUCUGUGCGGUCUUUGAGCCCAACGACGUCAAACAGUAGCUCAGCUAGAAGAGAGAAGAAACCAACUAGGGUACUGGUACCAUCAAGGAUGGCGUAA